CACUCUCUCUCUCUCUCUCUGCAGCAAAAAACAAAAAAAAAAAUUGCCUUUCUGGUGAUUCCGUCGUCUCUCUGUAACAAAUCGAAUUGGGUCGAAGGCAAUGUUGAGAACGAGGUUGCUGUGGUUCGGAUUAGGGCUCUCAGUGACAGGUGCUGCGAUUUCCCAAUUGGUGUGGAGGGACCUCUGGGUCGAUCGCUAUGCCCUUUCUGCUGAGAUGAAGGAGAAGUUCGAUGCAUUGGAAGCCAGAAUUUCGAAUCUCGAGUCGGUCCCUUCGUCAGAGUCCAAACCUGCCCAGGACUGUCUGGUUUAUGUAUUGUACUGAAUUGCAUAAGCAUGCAAAAGACGGGCUUGCUGUGGGUUGGAUUUGUAUGCAGUUGUUGUCAUUGGAACUUUAAGAUAGUAGUAAGUAUGGUGGUCACAAGCCUAAGGAUUUUAGAUUUCCAGUACUUACAUCUGUGACUGGGUUUCGACUCUUUCCUACAUGUAUCAAGUUCUGAUUAAGGCAUGACAAGUUCUGAUUAAGGCAUGACAAGAUCCAUGAUGGAGAUUUUGGGAAAUACCUAAAUGGAAACUGUCAUAAC